CCAAGAAACACCUUGGAGCUCAAUGCAAGACAGUGAAAGGAGACGCUUUCUAUGGAUUGUGAUUGAGACAUCAAUUCUUAUUGGCUUUGGUUGUGCAAGUGGAAGAGAACGAGGAUUAUUGAAAUAUGGCUGGAAAGACACUGCACUUGUGCGCAUUUGUAAUUUGCGCAAUUCGAUCGAGCAGUGGAUUUAACAUUGACGUGCAGUUCCCGGUCAUCAAAGAAGGAAAAACCAAGGGCAGUUUCUUUGGAUUUUCUGUUGCAUUGCACAAACAGACCGAAAAGACCAAGCAGAACUUGCUCUUGGUUGGAGCCCCCCAAGAGAAAGCCCAGCCCCAACUCAGCAAACUCAACAUCAAUGAAACUGGCGCUGUGUAUUAUUGCCCCAUCACUGUUGAACAGGACGACUGCAGGAGGAUGGACCUCAUCAGUCCACCUGAAUCAACAGAGAUGGUGGAGGGGAUGUGGCUGGGAGUUACUGUGGCAAGUCAAAGGAAUGGAGGACGUGUGUUGGCAUGUGGUCAUCGCUAUGUAAAAAAACUUCAGGGUGCAGAAGAACAGCAGCGUAUGGUUGGCAAGUGUUAUGUGCGGGGCAACGACCUGACCUACGACCCCUCUGAUUACUGGCAGUCUGACACUUAUGAGCUGUGUGACUUCAACUAUGAUCAGAACCUGGAAGGCAUGUGUAACAUGGGCAUCUCAGGGGGCAUGACGGAAAAUGAUGUGUACUUUGGGACCACUGGCAGCUUCGUGUGGCAAGGUAAUGUCCAUAUGAAAUGCAGAGACACUGACUCAGAUUUUGCUGGGGAUGCCAGUGAGAAAAGCUUUGGGAUGCUUGGGGAGGACAGGCUAAACAUCUACAUCGGAUACUCUGUGCUUGAAGACAUAAAGUUACUGGAUCGCACAAAGUAUACUGUAGUUACAGGAGCUCCUAGAGACAACUUCAAGGGCUCAGUGAUCCUGGCAAAUCAAGACACACUUCUUGAACCACUGAUGACCAUUCCAGGGGAACAAGUAGGGUCAUACUUUGGCAGCUGCUUGGCGGUAACAGACCUCAACAAUGAUGACUGGAAUGACCUAAUCGUUGGGGCGCCAUUCUACUUCGACCGCUACAAGGAGGAGGGCGGAGCUGUCUACAUCUUUAUGAAUGAAAAUGGGUCCUUCCAGGGAAAAGCCAGCAUGGUUCUGAAGGGUAAAAAAGGUUCUGCAUUUGGAUUUGCUGUUGCCGCAGUGGGGGACGUCAAUCAGGAUGGAUUUCAAGAUAUUGCUGUUGGUGCUCCUUUCCAUGACUCUGGAAAAGUAUAUAUAUGGAUGGGAGGCAAAAAAGGAAUAGCUAAUGAAUCCAGCCAGGUGAUUGAGGGAACAUCAAUAGGUCCCAGUGGUUUUCAGACGUUUGGCUACUCUCUCAACGGAGGAAUGGAUAUGGAUGGAAAUGAUUACCCUGACAUUUUGGUGGGCUCCUUGGAUGACCGCAUCGCUCUUUUGAGGGCACGUCCGGUCAUCCACCUGUCUAAAAACUUUACAGUGGAGCCCAAGAUUGUGAUCCCAAGUCAGUGUGUUGAUCCCUGCAUAAAGGUGAAGGUGUGUUUCUGGUACACUCUCAGCAAUGGAAACAAAGCCUUCAAGGAGGACAUCACUGUGAAAUACACCAUAGACGCCGACUACAAUCGCCGUGGCACCCGAGUCCGUUUCCUUGACAACAAGCAGAGCACUUUUACAGGCCUUCUCUCCUUCUCCGCACCCACGUGUCAAGAGCUAGAACUUAGUGUUAAUAGCCCUGUGAGUGACAAACUUCAGCCUAUAGUGUUCUCUCUUAAUGUGUCCCUAAAUGAACAAACUGCAAAAGCACAACAAACAUUACAAAAUCUGGAUGCUUUUCCGGUACUGAGUGGCCAGCAGAUCCUUACAGACAGAACUGAGAUUAACUUUCACAAGGAGUGUGGUGCUAAUAACAGGUGUAGCAGUAACCUGCAUCUGAAGACCAAGUUUGCAGAUGAGAAUUAUAUUCCCUUCCCGAGUCGGGGAGACAGUCAGAUCAUGGAGUUCAACAUUAAUAUUAAAAAGCUGGUGAUGAUGGUGGAGGUUACUAACAUGCCAGAUGGAGACAGAGAGGCCGAGGAUGCACAUCAGGCAAUGCUCAGCAUCAUCAUUCCCCACUCACUCAAGUACUCAGGGGUUCGAGCUCAGUCUGGUUUUGAUAUUGAGUGCAGCUCUGACGAGACAGUUAUAUGCGAUCUGGGAAACCCAUUUAAAAGCAAUCAGAAGGCUUCAUUGAUCUUCAUCUUUGAAACCUCUGGAAUAACACUUUACACAGAGCAAAUUGACUCUCAUCUUCAGCUGUCCACUAUAAGUGAGCAGAAUGAUCUGUAUCCUGUUCCUGUCACUCUGAAAGUGAAGAACACUGUCCUCACUUCCUUCUCCUUAGAACGGCCUGUGGUGGACACGUCCUUCAGUGGCACUGUGAUUGGAGAAUCUGCCAUGAACAGCACCAGUGAUGUGGGAAGUUCAGUGGACUUUGUGUUUCGUGUGCAAGUUUUAGGAGAACCUCUGGGAGACAUGGGAACUCUGAUGAUUGACUUUGAAUGGCCCUUUGAGGUAACCAAUGGGAAAUGGCUGCUGUAUCUCACAGAGAUUGUCAUCAAAGGAACGUCAGAGUCGCGCUGCAUCCCACAGGGGAAGAUUGUGAACCCGCUCAACCUCACAUUGUCAGAUCAAGGUACUAAGCGACUGAAGAGAGAUGUGGGCGUCAGUUUUCCUUAUGCAGAAGCCACUGUUACCGUCCUGACACCUCGUAAAGUGACCCAUCUGCUGGAGUGUUCAAAGCAGACAGCGCAUUGUCUAACUUUCUCCUGCCCACUGCGGAACAUGUCGACUCAAGCGGAAAUCAAAGUCAGGUCACGUGUGUGGAACAGCACCAUGCUGGAGGAUUACACCAAUGCCUUGCGAGUGCAAGUAAGGGGUCAGGCCAUGCUGAGGCUAGUUACGGAUAAACCGACCAUCAAAAUGGACAGUCAGACCAGAGAGUUUUUAGUAAACAUUGAUCCUGUGCUGGGAGAGGAGACGCCAUAUGAAGUUCCUCUCUGGAUAAUCAUUGUUGCAGCGGUUGCCGGGAUACUGCUAUUAGGCAUUAUCAGUCUAAUACUGUGGAAGUGCGGUUUCUUCCGACGGGCCAACAGGAGAGAGAUGUAUGAGGCCAAAUCCCAGAAAGCAGAAAUAAAGAUCCAGCCCUCUGAGACAGAGAGGCUGACGGAGGAAUACUAACACUGCAGGGGCCCGUCGGCCUCUGUGGCAGCAUCAUUAGGGCCCAUCGUGCGGUUUCUUCAAGAGGGCUGUCUACUACAAGAUUAUGCCAAAGUACCAUGGAGUGAAAGUACGUAGAGAGGAACACUAUAAGUAUAACCUGGCCUUUCAGCCCGAGCAAGAACUGAGCAAGAAACUCU